AUGUACCGGAAAUCAAUCCCUCUGGUUCUCUUGCUAGUACAGCAUGGUGUCAGUUUGCCGGCACCCGACGGGCAUUCCGGUAUUAACAGUAACGGCGCUUAUGGUGUCUCCGAUGCAUCUCUAAAUGUCAACGUCGGUGGUAACAUUGUCCGCCCAGUUCAAAAUGCGAUGGAACCCCAAAAUAUGGUUGCGAAUGGUCCUGCUCCAAACUACCAGGCGAACCAGGAGGCCCCAGCUUAUGGGAAUGCUAUCGAUAUCGAUACUAUGGGCCCUCAACAGGUCAUAACAUCAACAAUAGUAGUAACAUGGACCAAGGCUCGGGCUAGUAAUCCAACAAUGGCCCCAAACAGGGCUCAGAUUGACACAAAUGGAUAUAUCCCUGCAAGUGCGCCACUAGGACCCCCAGCAGAGGUUUUUUCCACAUCUAGCGCCCCUCUCAUCCCCGCUAAUAACCACUACGAAGAUGCGAGUAUAUCAAUCUCCGGGUAUUCGACCUCGAGCUCCGCACAGGUUAAUCCAGUACCGGAGCCCUCAACCUAUGCAUCAGCUAUUGCAGAUCCUGCACCACAGCCUGCACCUAGCACCUUUCCUCCUGACUCAGCUCCUUCGUCGAACGCCGCAGACGAGUCUUCGGACACCACGACAGACGACGACUUGAUUCCUCCUAUAACAAGGGCACCGCGCCUGCCAACAUUCACGGACGUACCACCCCGAUUCUCCACCAUAAAAAUUGAGUCUAUGGCAUCUCGGAAUGGUCUUCUACAAACUGCUCUAAAUGGCAUCCAGACCAUUCUUCCUGUGAUUGACGGACUGGGUUUGCUCGGAAUUGAGACCGAGGGGACAUAUCUCAACCUGCCUGGCUUGCUUGACGCAAUUAAUAUUCCCUGUCUUUUCCGCUGUAAUACUCCCCCUGCACCUGCAAGCCCUCAGCCUGGAGCAGUUCCUCAGGCCCCGGCCCCGGUACAAGCUCCACCGGUAGCGGCUCCGGCAGCUGGAGGUGUUCCAGCCGGUGCUGGUGUAGUGGGGAGUGGUGUCGAAGCCGGUGCUGGUGCCGUUGGUGGUGCCGUUGGUGGUGGUGUUGCUGGUAGUAUUCCAGCCGCUGGUGGUGUAUUGGGCAGUGGUGCCGAAGCCAUUGGGGGUGCUUUUGCUGGUGGCGCCCCUGCCGCUGGUGGUGUAUUUGGUGCCGAAGCUAUUGGUGGUUCAGUCGUUCGUGCACCAGCAGAUGUUCCCCCAAUCGAAGUUCCACCAGCACAGGUAGGUGCCGUCCAAGCGCCUGAAGUUGCUGGUGGUCCGGCCAAUAAUCCUCUCUUGGGCUCUCCCGGCAGGAACCUUCUGAAAGGACUAGAAAAUGGCAUCCAAAAUGGUCUUGAUCAGUCAGGAGGAUCGCCCGGCAUAAAUAAUUUGCCCACCCAAUCUCUAGAUGAACAGACUAAUGACGUGCUGAGCAAUGUGGGCGCACAGCUAGGAUCGGACUCUGCAGCGAACGCUCCAGUCAAUGGAAUGGAAAACAGUAAUUUCAAUGACAUGAUUCCCCCCGUGGCUGCAUCGAGUUCUGCUUCUCCACAACCUGUUCAAAGUGGAUUAGACAGCGGUACUGGAAACGUCAUGUACCCACCUCCUAUGCCGCCUAACCCGCCUCAAGCAAGCCCCGUUCAAGAUGGACUACAGAGAGGUAGUAAUAACAAUAUGGCAUCGGCGGGAGGUCCAAACAAUGGGUAUGGCAACAAUAUGGCUCCGCCAGCCGGCUAUAUUGCGCCGAUCUCUCCACAGGCGAGUCCGCUUCAGAAUGGCCUAAACACAGUGAUGGGGAAUAAUAUGCAACCGGCUGGAAACAUGGGGCAGGCUAUGCCUCCAUUAGUCCUUCCUGCGGCCGCUACAAUGAAUGCAUUCCUCAGUGGCGCACAGGGGUCCCCGGCGUCGGCGCAAACGAUUCAACCAGAUGUGCCACAGGGAGUGCACAUGGGUGUGCCAGUGCAAAUGAACUCCGCCUCUAAUGGCCCGUUGAUCAACGCAGCAGCAUCCCCCAUAUACCGCGGGUCCAGCAGUAUGCCACGAUUCCCAAUACCAACGAUGAUACCAUCAACCAGUCUGAGUCGUUCAAUCACGCCUGGACCCUCGCCCACACCGACACCGACACCAACACCCACCGCAACAUCGACUAGUGAGCCUCCACCCGUUACCACGACUCAAUUCAAUGGUGAAGUCGUAUCCUGCGCCUCAGGCAAGUACGCUGACGACGACCACGAAGCAACCCCCGAGUGCGCUGGAGAAACCAAGGUGAUCUCUACUGUGGAAUCUAUCGCCUCUGCCUAUGCGGCCUCUGUGUCUGCCGAGGCAUCUGCUGCUGCGUCCAAGUCGGCUGCCGAGGACGCAGAGGCCUCCUGGACUUCGGCUGCUGCAAAACCAUCAGCUUCCUGUGACAUAUUGGAUGACAAUGGAUUAAACAAGGUUGUGUUCAGAGUUGCUGGUAUCAAUGGGUGGACCGAUGGGCAGUCGUUCUCGAAGGUACUGAAGAAGAGAUGCCACAAGAACAAUUUUUUCAUAAGUUUCGACAUCACUCAUUACCUGUUUUACGCCCAUGAAAAGUCAGAAUUCCAGGGCAGGCAGCGAGACACUAAGAAGGUUACGUUCACGAUGUCGGGCUUCAAAAAUGGCUGUGUUGAGGAUGCGAUUGAGGAGGCCGGUGGACCAAAACAUGGUGAAGGUGAAGGUGAGCUUACAUGCCAACAUAAAAGGGAGGACAAGUUACCAUCGGAGAAUAUCAAAGAUGCAAAGGAGGCGGGAGAGAACGUUGAAGAUCUUGUCUUUAUACCUUCGACACGUUAG